AGCGCGCUGAAUUCGACUGACUGUCGGCCGGUUGUCAACACAUCGGACGGUCGGGAAGCAGAACUUUGGUUCAUGCAACUAAUCAGUCUGACAGCGUAAAUGUUUUAAGCUCUGAAUUUUGCUCCGGUCUACACAGGUUUACUGCUGUGGAGGGUGACAUAAUGGAAGUGGGGAACCUGAAACAAAACAUCAACGUGGAGGUCCAUGUUAAAUCACAAAGUACAGCUAAGCUGUCUGAGGUGAGGAUCCACGUUCAGGCUCUACUGAAUCGCCACAGUGUGGUUUUUGGAAACUACAGAUGGACCGAGUUCGAUGAAGAUUUCCUGCAGACACACGUGGAAUCUGUGGCUAUAGUUGACCUUGAGGAAAAAGUAACACAGCCCCUUGACUUGAAGAGCUGCUCUGUCUCUGUUCACAUCUUCACCCUGAAUGAGGAUGGACCCAGCACGCUCAGCUUGGAGGAGGAUGAGGCGCUUUCAGCAGCAAAUCACUGGUUGCUGCCAGCAGCUGAAUUCCACGGGAUUUGGGAGAGUCUGGUAUAUGAGAAUGGAGUGAAAACCCAGCUCCUGGAUUAUGUCACAACAACAAUUUACUUCUCAGACAAAAACGUUGACAGCAACCUGAUUUCCUGGAACCGCGUUGUUCUGCUCUAUGGCCCCCCGGGCACAGGGAAAACAUCGCUGUGCAAAGCUCUUGCCCAGAAACUGUCAAUCAGACUGUCAAAUCGGUAUUCGUAUGGCCAAUUUGUCGAGAUAAACAGCCACAGCUUGUUUUCAAAGUGGUUCUCAGAGAGCGGUAAGCUGGUCACCAAGAUGUUCCAAAAGAUUCAACAACUGAUUGACGACAAAGACGCUCUCGUGUUUGUUGCGAUUGAUGAGGUGGAGAGUCUGACAGCAGCAAGAAACGCCUCCCAGGCAGGAACAGAACCUUCUGAUGCCAUUCGAGUGGUCAACUCUGUCCUCACUCAGCUGGACCAGAUCAAACAACAUUCCAACGUCGUGAUCCUGACGACUUCAAAUGUGACAGAAAAGAUUGACCUGGCGUUUGUGGACAGAGCCGACAUCAAGCAGUACAUCGGACCUCCAUCUGAGAAAGGCAUCUAUAACAUCUACCUCUCCUGCCUCGAAGAGUUGAUGAAGUGCCAGGUGAUCUACCCCCGGCAGCAGCUCUUCACCAUGUUUGAGCUGGAGACGAUGGGCUUUGCAAAGAGCGAGGUGUCCGAACUCAGUCUGAGCCUGAGGAACAUCGCUGUAAAGAGCAAAGGUUUGAGUGGAAGAACUCUGAGGAAACUACCAUUUCUGGCCCACGCACUCUUUGUAAAGACACCAACAGUAACUCUUCAUCAGUUUCUGGACGCGAUGAGCCGAGCGGUGGAUAAACAAAGGGAGGAAAACGCCAACCUGACCAACAGUGUCUGAGGCCACGUUCACACGUAGCCGGGGCUGAAUGAGGGUCAUCAGCUGAGUGAACUCCCUCAUUCUUUGUCUGCCCCCCUUCUGACAGGAGCUGCCCCUUUUGAGACACCAUCACCACAGUUUUGUUUGUUCUAUUGCUUACAUGCACGUUCUGGUUGUUGUUCAUUUGUUAAAAUAAAUGCCUUUUCAGUCACCA